AUGCCACGAAUUCGCAGAGGGGCAAGUAAUUUUGGAAGACGUACUCGGCAAGCUCGAGCGAUCUAUGAACGAAGAUUGAAUAGGACCCAUGAACAACAUAUGAUGGACAAUAUGAAUUUGAGAGAGCAAGUAGCAAAUACACGUGCCAAUGAAAGUUUAGAGAGACGUACUCAACGACUGACAGAUAUGGCAUUAAGAAAUCGAGAGGUGCAAGGAAGUGCGACCGCCGCCAUUAGAGAAAAUAAUCAACGACGAGUUAAUAAUCACAGAGCACUGGUACGUGCAUCACUUUUGCGCCUGGCGUUUAAUUAUGAUCCUGAAAUUGAUUAUUCAUCACACUCUUUAAUUACCAUUGGUAAUAUGGACAAAGUAUGUAAACAUUGCCAUGCUCUAAAAUUCAAAGGAGAAUCAGCAGGUUUAUGUUGCGCAUCAGGGAAAAUUAUAUUGACAAAAUUAACAACACCACCGGAACCUUUAAAAACUCUACUAGAUGGAACAACGUCUCAAUCAAAAAUAUUACUGAAAAAAAUUCGCAAAUUCAAUUCAUGUUUUCAGAUGACGUCUUUUGGUGCUACGAAAGUAUUUGAAAAUGAAGAUGGUCGAAAUUUCGAAUCAACAUUUAAGAUACAAGGUCAAGUUUACCACCAAAUCGGUUCAUUGUUUCCCAUGCCUGAUGUGAAUCCGAAAUUCUUACAGAUUUAUUUUAUGGGCGAUGAUGAACGACAAACAAACAUGCGAUGCGAAUUUAAUCACAUACAGCUUAUGAAGGAAAGAGAUAUUACUCUUUCAAGUAGACUAGAAAACGAUGAUUACGCUAUUAUUAUUAGAGCAGACAAAGUGCCGGUUGGAGAACAUGCUGGCGCAUAUAAUGUUCCAACAGUCAAUGAAGUCGCGGUCGUAAUAGCUGGUGAUCUAUGUGAGGGGCGUGAUAUACGUAUACAACGGAGAGAUAAUACCAUGCAGAUAAUACAGGACAGUCAUCGUUCUUAUGAUGCUUUGCAGUAUCCAUUGAUAUUUUGGAAAGGUGAAGAUGGGUACCAUUUGAAUAUUAAACAAAGGGAUCCAAAUACAGGUGCAGAACUUGCCAAAAAGUAA